GUUUUCCUGGGGCAAAUUCUAAAUCUGAAACGGUGACCAUCUACCUUCCAGGGGUCAAUAAAUACCCCAUGCAAUUUUUCCAAAAGGGAUCAAUGUAACAAUCGUUAGUUUCUUUCUCAGCCUCAGGUAAGCUGUCCCCACAUAUCCCUCCCUCUUUCUAAUUAUCUGAUUGUAGUUUGUAUAAUGUUUUGUUGUAUUCGUAAGACUUGAUCAACUUGCAAGCAAAAGAGAUGGUGCAAAAGGUGGAAGCAAGGGGUGGUGAGAUAGGAGAUGUAUGGGAUGAUGGUGCUUACGACGGUGUUAGAAAAGUAUACGUAGGGCAAGGCGAAGAUGGUAUAGCCUUCGUCAAGUUUGAGUAUGUCAAUGGUUCUCAAGAGGUUGUUGGAGAUGAACGUGGGAAGAAGACUUUGCUAGGAGCUGAGGAGUUUGAGGUUGAUCCGGAUGACUACAUCGUAUACGUGGAAGGUUAUCAUGAGAAAGUUUUUGGGGUAACAACAAAAGAAAUCAUCUCCACUCUUACUUUCAAGACUUAUAAAGGCAAAACUUCUCCGCCGUUUGGAAUCGUCUCGGGGACAAAGUUUGUCCUCCAAGGUGGCAAAAUCGUUGGGUUUCACGGACGUUCUACCGAUGUUUUGCACUCACUUGGAGCCUAUAUAUCAUCGCCGGCCACUCCCAAAUUGCGUGGAAAGUGGAUUAAGGUAGUAGUGGAGCAAAAAGGAGAGGGUCCAGGGCCAAGAUGCUCACAUGACAUAGCACAGGUGGGAAACAAAAUUUUCUCAUUUGGUGGUGAGCUCACACCAAAUCAGCCCAUAGACAAACACCUUUACGUUUUUGACCUCGAGACCAGGACUUGGUCCAUUUCUCCAGCCACCGGAGACGUUCCAAACCUCUCUUGCUUAGGCGUCCGUAUGGUGUCAAUUGGAUCAAGCCUCUAUGUCUUUGGAGGCCGAGACGCUUCACGCAAAUACAACGGCUUCUACUCGUUUGACACGACCAAGAACGAGUGGAAACUGCUAACUCCGGUCGAACAAGGACCCACUCCUCGUAGCUUCCACUCGAUGACCGCAGAUGAGAACAACGUUUACGUUUUCGGUGGAGUGAGUGCUACGGUUCGGCUCAAGACACUAGACGCUUACAACAUCGUUGAUCACAAGUGGGUGCAGUGUUCGACCCCGGGAGGUUCGUGUAGCGUAAGAGGAGGAGCCGGGCUCGAAGUGGUUCAAGGGAAAGUAUGGGUUGUGUAUGGAUUCAACGGAUGUGAAGUAGAUGAUGUUCAUUGCUACGAUCCAGCUCAAGACAAGUGGACACAAGUGGAGACGUUCGGUGAGAAGCCUUGCGCUAGGAGUGUGUUCGCUAGUGCGGUUGUUGGGAAACACAUUUUGGUCUUUGGAGGUGAGAUAGCGAUGGACCCAAAAGCUCACGAAGGUCCGGGUCAAUUGAGUGGUGGAACUUUUGCGUUGGAUACAGAGACGUUGAAGUGGGAGAAGCUGGAUAAGUUAGGUGAAGAGGAAGAGACUCCGAGUAUCAGAGGUUGGUCUGCGUCCACGACAGGUACCAUUGAUGGUAAGAAAGGACUGGUGAUGUUUGGUGGGAAAGCUCAAACCAAUGAUCGGUUUGGUGAUCUCUUCUUUUAUGGAGUUGACUCUGCAUAAACGCUGUUCGGUGACGGUGAUGAUGAGUGUUUGUAAAUAUGUGUGUGUGAUGCAAUAAGGGAGGGUCGUAAAUCGUAAGACUAUAUGAUCCUGUAUGUUUGUUUGCAUGUUUCGUGUACGGUGUACCAAUAAAUUUCGAUAAAAUAAAAUAAAAUAAAUGAACAACGAUGAAUGUGUUUGAAACUAAACCAAUUUAGACCAAGACUGCAUUUCGAUUUAUAUUAAACCGGUAUAUGUAUGAUUUAAUGAACCGGAUUGUUUGGUUUAAGUCCUCUCUUAUUAUGAAAACAAGUCGAGAAGGAGAUUUUAUGGCGCGAUAACGGCGGAGUGCGACCACCGUCACUCUCGUCGAGUUUUGGUGGAGGCUUUCAAACUCAAUGAGCAUCAGGAUGCUGGAAGAUGACGUCUUGCGUUAUAAAGAAAGUUCAGCUCG